AAUAUUAUUGAACACUAUUUCCGCGGUUAUCUUACACGUCACGGCUCAAAGAUGGCUGAGGCCGUUGGUUUGGCCGCUAGUAUCGCUGGUCUUGUGCAACUUACAGGGUCCGUCUUUAAACAAGUGACCAAGUUCUGCAAGGAAGCCAAAGAUGCUCCGUCAAAAGCCCAAGAACUUGCCACCCAGACAAGAGAUCUCGCUGGAAUUUUUGAAAACCUGAGAUUGUUGGCUUCGGCAUUGGAAGACCGAGACUCGAAUUCGGCGCUCAAACCACAGCAUCUUGAGUCGUGUGAGAAGACGUUGAAGGAGAUCAAUAGCAAGCUUCACAAAGCACUGUCUGACUUUGAUGGUGGCAAGUCAGCGAGACGUUUUGUUCGAAGGUUAAAAUGGCCAUUCUCACUACAGGAAACGAAAGAUUUGGUGGCUGAUCUCGCGAAUCAUCGCGCCAAUCUUCACUUGGCACUCUCCGCAGACAGUAUGGACGCUUUGAUGAAGAGUCUGGCUAAGCAGGAUGAAAUCCAUAACAUGAUCGAAAGGAGGAUCAGUUUUGAGACUCGAGUUGAGCUUAACAAGAGACGCAAAGAGGUCAUGAACUUCUUUCUACGCGUGAAUCCUCAGGACUAUCUCGAUGUUAGCCGCGAGCUGCGACAUGAAGCUACUGGGUCUUGGCUUACUAGCGACGAUUCUACGUUUGAAAGGUGGAAGAAUGGAUCAAACUCGAAAUUGUGGCUUAGCGGCAUUCCAGGCAGCGGAAAGACUGUUCUGUGUGGACUUGUCAUUGAGACUGUUCUUGAGCAGAGUGACGAUCUUACAGCAGUCUGCUUUGCGUUCUGCGACUACAAGAACCCAGACUCUUGCCUGCCUGAAAACAUUCUGGCAGCCCUUGCAGUCCAGCUUGGUCUCCAAGGUGAAGAAGCCUUUGAUCUACUCGAAGAAUACUUCGACAUGCUCCAUCCGGAUGACAAGCUCCCCACACAGCCAAGGCUGGACGAUCUUGUUGAACUUGUAGGAUGCAUAUCCGAAAUCUAUGAGAAAGUCUUUAUUGUAGUCGAUGGGAUAGACGAAUGCGGCGAUCAGGUAGCUCGUAUGACCCGGUCACUGAGGGCUGUAGUGGAAGGAUCUGAGACCAUCAGCUCUGCAUUGUUCAGCCGCAAAGAGGAGGAGAUUCGCGAGCAACUUUCCGAAGAGUUUGAACACAUUGAGGUCUCAGCUCAUGUGAAAGACCUGAAAGACUACACGCUUGCAGAAGUCAGUAGGCGUAAAGUCCUGAAAAGCAUCGAAAGAACGAAUCCGGAUCUCUACAAGGAUAUACUCCAUGCUUUGGUCCACGGAGCUCAAGGAAUGUGAGUCGCUUUCAUGAAUUCAGAAGUCCGGGGAGCUGAUAAGUCGUUUCCUAGGUUUCGAUGGGUCGCUUGUCAGAUUGAUCAUAUUUGCAACCUUCCCAAUAAUAAAGCCCGAAGAAAGGCUCUCAGCGAACUACCCCCAACUCUGAACGAGACAUAUGAUCGAGUUCUUCAGAGAGUCAUGCAAUGCCCGCCUCAAACACAAGACUGUAUUCGAAGAGCUCUCCAGUGGACAGCACUAGGAUCACCGAAGAUGAAUAUCGCCAGCUUAUGCGAAGCAGUCUCGUUUCAGGAGGGUAUGGAUGUCUUUGAAGCCGACGAUAUUAUCGAACCAGAAAUCAUCUCCCGUAACUGUGGCUGCCUGCUACGCAAGUCUCUGGAUGGUAACUACUUUGAGUUUGCCCACUUUACCGUCUUGGAAUACUUGGAACGGACUGAAGUUGGUGAUUUUCAGUACUCUGAAGUCACUGCUUAUCAAUCAUUCGUGCAAGCUUCAAUUGGCUAUCUGUUGCUUCCGCACUUCGAUCGGGUGCCGACUAUCAUUGAUACAGUCGAGGAAGCCUACGCUAAAGAGAGGAAUCAAAAGCACCCGUUCUACAAGUUCGCCACGUAUACGCCUCUCGGAGUACAAAGAAGCACAAGUACCUAUCCCAUGCACUUAAAGGUCAUGGAAGAAGAACCCGUUCUGGAACUUCUCAAGCGCCUCUUCGAUAUCCACAAGACCGGCAACUUUAGAGCAUGGGCUCAUACAGUGCUGUCUGGGGGACAGAACGAACUGUCGACUAUGCAUCAACUUUCCAACGGCCCCCUUCACUUCGCGGUGUUAAUACUAAGCCCCAAGUUGUGUCAGUUCCUUAUUGACAGUGGCGUUGACGUAAAUGUCGUGCGAGAUAACUCUACCCCAUUGGCCAUGACUAUCGCUCUGAAAGAUGAAGGGUUUCUCGGUAGAAAGAUGAAAGAUCCUCAGGUUAUCGACUGUAUGAUUCGCACAAUUAAUGUUCUACUGGAUAACGGCGCUGAUACUGCAUUUCCCAUCAUGGGCCAUAGCUGCAUGGCUUAUGCCAUUGAUUCAUUGGACAGUCAUUAUCUUCUUCAAUUCAUCCGUCCAACGUCUGCCGUACCGGAGGAUGCAGUCACGGCAUUUUCAAAUUUCGAGUGGAAAGAUGAAUCUGAUGACUUGGUGCUCAAGGCUAUUCUUAAGUUGUUGGAGAAGAAGCUUGUACUCAGUGGCAACCGCUGGCAUCGACUGCGCUAUCUUUCUCUCGUGGACGUGGGCUCAAGUUGCCGAGUAUGGCUCCCAGGUCUACGUCUUACAAUUAUAGCGACCUGGAGUACCGGCAAGCACUUGAGAUUGCUUCCAGAUUUGGACUGGUCGAAGAACUGUCGACACUCAUCUCAGAUCCACGUUAUGGCGGCGCUGUUGUUAAGCCGACCGAUUUCGAGCUGCUGAGCGCCGCAACAAGAAGCACAUCAGCCAACAACGGCAAGAUAAUCGAGAUGCUUCUUGAUUCUGGCAUUGAUCCAAAUGUCUGUAGUACUGCUGGACAGAAUUGUCUGCACAUCAGUUGUGAGUCAAACAGUGCAGAUGUAGCCUCAGUUCUUCUUUCUCGAGGAGUGAAUCCCGGAUCUAAAGACGAAAAUGGCCAGACCUCGUGGCACGCGGCCUGCUAUAAUGGACACGAAGAGGUCAUAACCUUACUUCAGAAAGAAGAUGGAAACGUCUUGGAGAAUCUCGCCACUUUAGACAAGGAUGGUCGAACACCCUUCUCUGCUGCCCUUUACGAAGGUCAUGUCAAGCCAGCGCUGGCGUUAUUGGAGAUCCUACCAGGCGAGUCCAAUUACUACGUGUCAAAGAGCCCAACAAUGCAGGAUGUAGCAAUCACUGGUUCCUUAGAGCUUUUGACUGCAUUGCGAGAUAAGAAAAUUGCAGACUUCGAGAUUUCCAACUCAGAAUCGACGCCUAUGCACCACCUGCAUGCUACAUGCACUCCAGAGUUUGCUCGAUGUUUAACCGAACUCUACGAUCCCUUUUGCGUUGACAGUGCAGGGAAGUUCCCAUUCCAACUGUUCUUCGAGCGCUGGCUCGCCCACAACGUUCCUGAAAAUUUGGACAAGACGAUACCCUUGGAUCCCGAAAUGCUGAAGAUUCUCAUCCCAAAGGACCAUGAGUUUUCAAACGCUGGGGAAGUGAAGCACGCCUGGCAACUUGUUUGUGCUGGCCUGGAGGUGGAGGAGAUCUGCUGCACAGUAGAUAUCUUUGUCCCCGGUGAAUGCUAUUAUUAUUUCUCUAGAGAUCUGGCAACACUCUUCAAUCACGGUGUUCUUUCUUCGUAUGAGAGUACAAGGAAGAUAUCUGGCUUAGUUCCACUAUUCGGAUCCCUGAAGUAUUGGACAAGAUAUCAUUUCUGCUCAACAUCGAUUCUCACUCUUUUAUCCCAAGUCAUGGACUCUUCAAAAUUUAAUAUUUCGCUUCAGGCUGUCGACGAUAGCUACCGUUUCUUCAACUUAGCUAUGUCGAGGGCCAGUCCAGAAGUUAUAGUUAAGCUCAUUGAUCUCGGUGUUGACGUUCAUCGACGGGUCCCUGAGGAUAUGUCAAGCAGCCCAACGUCACUAUUUGAGACAGCGUGUGGAGAAGCAAAUAUCGAAACAUUCAAGGCCAUUCUGGAGAAUGUUACUUCUCAAAGUAUCAACGCUAUUGGCCUGACUGGCCAAAGCCCACUCGAGCUGGUUGUCAAAGGUUCAAGCCUAGAUAAGACAUCCCUGAUCAAAGCACUAGACGAAAAGGGACUAGUUCACUCAUCUAUCACCCCUGCAAUACCGUUGAUCAUUGAGGCUGCAAAACAAAACGACUUAUCACUGGUAAAGUGCCUAUCGGAUAUUGGACACGACCCCUUUGCGGUUGACCCUCAUGGCUGGGGAAUCCCCCAAUGGGCCAUCGCCAACCGCCAGCUUGAUAUACUCAAGUGGAUAGUCGAAAAGUCUUCUAGUCCUUCCCAAUGGCAGCUUGCUCCAUGUGCCACAUGGACAAGCACGGACGAGGCAAAGACAAGGAAACAGAUACUUGACCACGAAGUCAGUUUACUACACUUUUCAGCUGACUUACCGGACUUCCUAUCAUACUUCUUCGACAAUCACUUCUUUGAUAUCAAUAUCAGCACUCCCUACGGAAGAACUGCGCUUCACUAUGCAGCGAUGAGGGGGUCUAUGGCUUGCUGUCUGAUGUUGUUAGAUCAGGGGAUAAACCUCUCUGCUCAAGAUCAUGAAGGGAAGCUCGCAGUCGAUUAUGCGCUCGAGACUGGUUUCAACGAGCUUGCCUCGUUGUUACUAGCGUCAGGCUCUCCCCUUCCCCGAGGCCAGGUUGCAGCCACAGGAGAUAUGAUAAAGGAUUUGACAUUCAAUGAAGGACUAAAGCUUGCCCGAAGACGAGGAUUUGAAGAUUCCAUUAUGAAUGGCAAUCUUGAGCAGUGCAAAAUUGCUGUCAGUCAAGGGUGUUUGAUUAACCAUCCUUUGCCAAGUUGUCACUCCUGUCCCCCUAUCUUCACCGCUAUAAGAGCUCAGAAACCCGUAAUCGUCAAUUGGCUACUCGACGAGGGUGCAAGCACAAACAGCUGUUUCUGCAAACGCCACACGACUCAGCACCUAUUCUCUCAUGCCGUCAUUGCCAUGGAUUCAUCAUCCUUUAUUGAGAAAUUGCUAUCAGCUGCUUUGAAGUCACGAUCAAUCACGCGCGUACAGCUUGUUGACGCCAUUUACCAGACCAUUGUCAAAAACAACUUGAAUGUCCUGAAGCUCAUACUGAGUCAGUUCAGAGAGAAUAUCAACGAAUAUUACAACGCAUGGAAGGGUGGACUUAAUUCCGCCCUUGGCGGUGAUACAGCCGAACAGUUCAAAUCAGCUCUCAUCAAUUACCACAAUCCAGUCGCAUUUGCAAAUAGAACACCACUUCAAGCUGCUGCAUCAGUUGGAAAUGCCGAGAUGGUAAAGUUCUUGAUAAAUCAAGGCGCUAAUGUGAAUGCUUUUGAUAAGCGUAACGAUACACCUUUGAUCAUCGCCGCCGCCAAUAACCAUGUCCUUGUUGUGAGAGAGCUACUUCGACACAAUGCCUUUGUUGAAACUAGGAACAUGUAUGGUAACACUGCCAUGUCGUUGGCUGUUUUCAUGGGCCAUUUGGACACAGUAAAAGUCCUGGCAGAAGAGCGACCAUCUUCGCUACAGUAUAGGAGCAUAGAGGGGUCGAAUUUGCUUUGUACGGCAGCGCAAUGUUCAUCACUGGCGACUUUCAAGUACCUUCUGUCAAAAGGGCUUAAUAUCCACCAUGAGAGCGAUGACGGAAUACCUAUGCUUGCUUUCCCUUUGCUUCAAGGCAAAUAUGUCGACUAUCUAUCUCAAUCCCGGUGGCUCGAUGGACCUUUACCUGCUCAUCCAUCAAAUCCAGACAGCAUUCUCAACGGCGCCAUCAUAUUCUGCACAACGAGCCAGAUCAAGCGUUUAUAUAAGUCUUUACCACCCCAGGACGCGGGUGUUCUGUUAAACAUGAGGGGCAGAUACCGAGGGUCACCGCUUUGUUUAGCGGUAUGCAGAUUCGAUGCGAAGACGACCAGUCUCUUGGUAGACCUUGGAGCAGACGUAAAUAGGGUGGGCUCAUGGUUUGGAACACCACUUAUGUGUGCCAUUUCUAUCAGGAAUCUUGAACUGGUCAAGUUGCUUGUCCGACGAGGCGCCUGUCUGGAAUACACUGAUGAGAAUGGGGACAUGGUCAGUGGAGUAAAAAGUAGUCUGCCUUAUCCGGAAAUCACUUGGUGGCUACUGGUUGGGAGGUUUCAAGACCAGAAGAAGCUGAGAGACCAUGCUUUUAAUGGCGAGUGCGUUAUAAGGCCAUGGAGUGGCAAAAGGCAGUACUCGACAAUACUGAAAGGCUCUUAUGGCCGUCGGUGGGAAGAGUCGACUCUUGAUUACUGUAUCAGGCUUGCGGGGUUGAGAAGGAUGAUGAGAGGCGAAGCAGUCUUUGCCGCUUUCGUAUAAAACUAGAAUUGUUUAUUUUGAAAGUUACUACCUUGUCACGGAUUUGGAAGAAGUUGUAACUUGUUUGCUAGACAAAUAUCUCUAGGCCUGUUCUAGCUGGCUCACCUCCACCUCUCGCUUCAUCUCAGCCUUCUCAUCCCUCGCCAAGAUGGCUUCAUUAUCAGGCGCCAGCUUGUUUCCAUAGCGACCAAUCUUGUACCAAGGCAGAGAGAACAGUUCAUCAGUACUCUCAAGUGAUCGUCCAGCCAUCUCGGGAACAAAUGCCCAGACCCAGAUGAGCCCGAGGAUACAAACAGCAGCGCAGAAAAAGAAGAAUCCACUGCUUGUCAUGUGAAGCAGCAUGAGUGGAACAGCCUUGGUGUUACCGUACUGAUUCGCAAAGUGGAGACACAUGGUGAUGGAACUACCCAGGGCACGAAGGCGGAGGGGCCAGAUCUCAGCGUUGACGAGGUAUUGGAACGAGUUCCAUCCCAUGGUCCAGCCAACACCUGAGAUGUACAGCAUUGCGAUUGCACCAACACCAGCAUGCUUCUGGGUGCUGGUCAAGGUUCCAUCUUCGAGUGUCUUGGUACCAACGAUGGCGAGGAAGAUGGCGAUGUACAAGACUGAGAUAGUCUGAAGAGUAAUGCCAGCAUAUAGCGAUCGACGUCGGCCGAUGAAGUCGACCAGGAAGAAAGCGCAUGCAUAGGCAGAGACCAGCUUGACAACACCGAGAAUGCAAGUAGCGAAGAGCUUCUCAGACUGGCCAGACUUCCCGAGGACACCAAAGAACUCAGCGGCAUAGAUAGUGAUAGCGCUAGCUCCUGACCAUUGACCAAGGAGCUGGGCCAUGAAACCAAGCAUAAAGCGGUAUCGGUUGGCAGGGAUUGUAAGGAGCUCUCGAAUCUUACCCCAACGGGAGACACCGAGGAUUGCCUCUUGCUCACGCUCGAGUUGCUCGCGGAUGCCGUACAACUCGGCUUGAACGAAAGGAUGGUCUUCUGGGAGUUGUCGAAGUUUGCAGAGAGCCUUUGUACUCUCUUCAUUUCGGCCCUUCAUGGUAAGCCAGCGAGGGGUCUCGGGGACGGUGAACGAUAGGAUCAGAAGUAGUCUGUCAAAGGUUAGUCGCUGAACUUAAUAUUGAGGGAAGUAUACAUGCCCUGAGAAACCAAUGUGGCAUGUUUGGGGGGCAACCCAUUGGUAACGAGAUGAGUCAGGCAUGUUGAUUGAAGCGCCCCAGUUGCUGAAGUACGCAACCAUGACACCGAGGUAAACAGAGCCAGCAAAGAUAUUGGUGAGCAUACCACGCACAGCUCGCGGCGCCGUCUCAGCAAGGUAUGUCGGACCAACAACGACAGUCAUGCCAAUACCCAGGCCGGCAAUAAAGCGUCCAGCCAGGACCUGUCCCACGCUUCCAUGGCUGGUAACAACGAUGAUGAACCCGACAAGCCAAAGCAAGCAAAGGAACUGGAGCGACCGAACACGACCGAUCUUAUCGCAGAGGAAGAAUGCAAGGAGAGAACCGGCGAUGGAACCGAUUUGAACCAUGCUGGUGAUAUUGGACUCGACUUGGGCUUGAUGUUCUUCUGAUCCGUGAUCGAGGCCGAAUUCUUCCUGGAAGCUUUUUAGCGUGACCAUGCCUCCGACGAGACCUUCGUCAAGACCACGACUGGCACCUAAAACACCUUUCAAAGAAGUUAGCAACUGUCGAAUGAGUGACUGCGGUGAGAUUACGAACCGAAUACAAAGGUACUCCAGUAUAAACGCCAGUUCAUAACCUCGCUAGGCGUAUCCGCCAUAGCGGCUCUGUUUCCAAGCGUGAAUUUCAUCUUGACGGUAUUCUCAACGAUAUCCUACUCGACACAAAGGUACAGAACAUCAAAACUCGUCAAUGAGAAAGAAGCAUUGUAUUUAUGGUUAAGAAAUAUUGGGGAUCGUCUCUACAGCCAGCGGGGAAAUACGGAGGCUUCUCCACGGUCUAGUGGUACUCUCCGCACCCUCCAUACGGAUAUUUCGUGCCGGUUGCGGGGAAUUCGCCACUUUAUUUCUCCUCAUUCCAACGGCACCACCGCGGAGAUACCUAUUUUAGUUGCCCGAUGAACUUGCCCGUCCAAUGAGGGGCCUGUUGUGACUGCUAGUGUUUCCCCGCAUCUUACUGUGAGGACGUGGAGGUUUCCAUGAUGGCUUCGAGAAGCAACUCGGGACUUGCCAUUGCAUCUGUUUAUAGAGAAGGAGGCUGUGGAAAAUGAUAAUAUGCUUAAAAUAUCAUAGAUCUCGUA